UACAAAAUAAACUGUAUGUCAAAAAAGACCCAGCCUCGAUAGAAGUUUGUUUUGAAUUUUUAAAGAUAUUUUUUCUAUUGAAAUGGGCAAAAAGAAGAAUAAGAACAAGGUCAGCGGUGCUGUAAAAACCGCCGCUAAAACUGAGAAGAAGCUUGCUAACAAGUUGAAGAAGGAAUUAGCUAAUUUAGGAGAGGAGGAUAUAGCCAAAGUUAUAGCCGAGAUAGAACGCGAGGAAGCAAAGAGGUCUGCAGCAACGGAGAAGGCUCUUCCAGGUCCUCCGUCACCUAGAGCAUAUGCCACACUCACACCACAUCCUACUAAUAAUGAACUUAUCCUCUUUGGUGGAGAGUAUCAUAAUGGACAGAAGACGGAAGUAUACAAUGAGCUGCUGUUCUACAACCCCACAAACAACUCAUGGAAGGUCCUGAAGGCUCCCGGGGCUCCUCCACCUAGAUCGGCUCAUCAGACCAUUGCUACUCCUGCUAAUAAGGGUGAGCUGUGGGUGUUCGGUGGAGAGUUCACAAGUCCUUCGGAGACACAGUUCCAUCAUUACAAGGAUCUUUGGUGCUUCUCACUGUCUGAGAAAAAAUGGGAAAAGGUGGUAGCACCAAACGGUCCAAGUCCUCGAUCAGGUCACCGCAUGGCGUUACUGGGGCGUAACAUCAUUGUAUUCGGAGGGUAUGCGGACGACGGCCGGGAGUGCCGGUACUUCGACGAUGUGUACUCGUUCUGUCUCGACACGAGGACUUGGAGUAAACUGGCUCCCAGUGGCAGAGGACCCACUGCCAGGUCCGCUUGUGUCAUGCUACCCGCUGGGAAUGAUUCGCUUCUAAUCUACGGUGGCUUCUCUCGCGUCCGUGAGGGUCGUUCGGAACGUACGCAUACUCACACAGAUCUGUUCCGCCUGUCGUGUAAGGUGGGCGGGGGCUGGGUGUGGCGCUCCCAGACGGGAGGUCCGGCGGCGCCGCCCGCGCGGGCCGGCCAGGCCGCCGCCGUCAACCCGCAUAGUAACAGAGGAUAUGUGUUUGGAGGUGUCAGUGAUGUAGAAGAAACGGAAGAAGAACUCCGUGGUGAGAUGAGCGAUGACCUUCAACUCUUGGACAUGGAGACAGGCAAAUGGCACAUCGUCACACUACGGUCGGAACUGCAGGGAGCCAAGCCAGCUGUCAAGGAGGAGGAACCGGCACAGAAAGAAGAAGAAACUGUUACAGUGGUGACAGACGAAGUUUUCACAAUGAAGUUGGGUGGGGCCGCGGUGCCGGUGACUGGGCCUCUAGCUGCGACCCCCGCGGGCCCCAAGUCCGGCCCCGGGCCCCGCAUGUCCGCCAUGAUGGCCGUGCAACGCGCCACGCUCUAUGUGUACGGAGGAGUGCUAGAGAAAGAGGAGAAACAGUUCUAUCUCUCAGAUAUGUAUAGUUUAGAUUUACAUAAACUGAAUGACUGGAAGACGUUAAUAGAGCAGCCCUCGCUGCCCGACUGGCUCGGAUCUGACUCCGAAGACGAGGAAACCGGCUCCGAUAGUGAAUCCGAAAGCGAUUCCGAUAGUGAUUAAGACAAAAUGAAUCUUAUUGUUCAGACUCUAAGGUU